AAAUUAUUUAAAUGACCUUUGAAGAAAAAGACACCAUGAAAGCUGUUGAACUUUCCAACCUAAAAUCAUAUAUUUGGUUUGUUUGCAUUGGCCAUUAACAAUGCCUUUCUAUAUAGAAUGAAAGCUUGACUAACUCACCUUUUAAAUAUCAGUGUCACAUUCUUCUAGUAUUUGACUUGGUAUAAACAUGAUCAUAAAUUAGCUUAUCUGUUAAUUUUAAGUUUGUUAUCUCCUCAUAAUCUUUUCAUUCCCUCAUAAUUAAUAUGUAAUCAUCUAAUUUGCUCUAAGAAUUAUAGCGGGGCGGAACCGGAUCGGUUAAGAUUGUCAGUCCCCAAUUGUCUCCGAUUACCCUUUCGGUAUUAUUAUUUUUAAUUAUAUUAUUCCGCCCGAAAAUUUCAAGAAUGAGAAAGAAUGGAAGAGAUAGUUCUUGUGAUGAUUUAAAGAUGAUCAACAAAAACAGUAUUGAUCAGGAUCUUCCAGGAUCAGCAUCAGCCACUUGUUGUACAGGCAAUGAGUCGAUUCAAUUACGAAUUAAAAAGAUGGGUCCAAUCUGUAAAAUCAGAAAGAUAUUUGUUGUUGAUAUUUGCAAUAAGUCAUCAAUGGAAGAAGAUAUUGAUCUCGAUAAACGGCUUGUUCAGGAAAUAUGUUCCGAUCAAAAUGAGUGUAUGUGGCUAUCUUCAGCAGGUCCAUCCCCUUCAUUGUUUUUCCGAGAUUAUCAAUUAUCUUCAUCGUUACAUCUCUCUGUCGAUCAAUGGUUAUCGACAUUGGCCGACUCUUAUCUUUAUCUCGAUCAAGUAAUAAAUCCUGAGGAAGAAAACAGAUCAGCUUUAGUAACGAACGAUAAGGAUGCAUCAGAUUUCAGUAUCACCAAUUCUGAUAGUGUCAGGUUUUCCUUAAGUCAGUGUGGUGAAGUCUUGUCAAGCUCUGACAAAUCUUUGACGCCUUGCAGCACAAUCUUUGAUUUCGACAGGAGUACUAGUACUACCAGUAGUACUAGUUUCUUGACAGAUCUCGACAGAACAAGUUUCUUGGUCUCGUUAGUAAAUCUUGAUUCUGAAGAUUCCGAGCUGAUUUCUGAUACGGAACCAGAGAUAGAUUGUCUCUCACCAGAUUUUCCAAGUCCAUCAUGUAGGAGUUCUGCUUAUACUUCUUCAGACUCUGUAGACUUGGAAAAUUUCGACACGGAUGAACCUAUUUUCUGGCCUUCAGAAUGGAAACAUGAUUGGAAUCCUGAAGAAACCUGGAAAUGCUUUUCCAUGUCACCUCGUAAAUACGAUACAGCACUUGUAAAACCAGCUCAGAGCACUAUUUCUAAACCAACCAAAUCAAAACUUCGUGUUCCGAGUCUCGAUUCGAGAAAGGGUUGCAGGAGAAGACUGGAUUUUGGGCCAGCUCCGACAGCAGCAUCGAAGAUUUUGGAGCGUAAACGAAGAGGCAACACGAAAAUAAAACCUGCUAAUGCUACUACCCCUUCAAGAUUGAGAAAAACAAGAGUGAAAUUAGAAAUGGAAGAUGAUACAAAGGAAGGCAAACAUAGUGAAGAAGUUGCAUUUGAAUUAGCAAUUGAGAGUGUAAUAGGACUUGAAGAGUUUGAUGGGCAUGAAGGAGUAGAAUCUGAUUUCAAUGAAGAUGUUUUCUGCUUGGAUUAAUCCAAAUUAUGUUUUUAUAUUGUACAAUUGCUCACAUGUUGAUAGAUAUAGGUGAUUAUGAUCAGCACAAAACAAGUAAAUGACCAUUUAAUUU